AUGUCUGUCAUAUCCCAUUAUUUGCCCUUGGCUCGACACACUACAGCGACGCAGGCGGCGACCUACUUAUUCGGCGUGUGUCUCUUUAGUAUUUCCUUUCUCGUCUUUUUGAAUGCCUCUGUCUCCUUUGUGGUAACCGAGGUCUUGGGCAUCACGACGGGUGUGGGAAACGUUGUGGGCACGCUCGGCUUCGCAGAUGAACUAACAGCGCUUGUGGCCUGUCCGUUUUGGGGCAUUUUGAGCGACCGACUCGGCGUGCGAUCAGUAUGUGCGGCGGGAUACAUCCUCGUCGGCUUCAGUCUCAUCCUCUUCGUCCAUGCACGUAAUGUCUAUCCCCAGCUCUUGCUGGCACGCCUCUUAUUUAGUUUGGGGGCAGCAGCAACUGCAACCAUGGUUACCAGCAUCCUCCCGAGUCUGUUGGGCGAGGAGCCCGACAACGCAUCGCCGCCAUUUCACACCUCGCCGGCGUGGGAGGAAAGCUCCCAGUGCAGUAUGGCGCCCUCAACGAAUUCCCAAAUCACCAUCACGCCCGCAAAUUAUGUCUACCAAUCACAGCCAUGCUCGGUUGAUCCGCCUUUGAAGGCAACCCCGUCCCCUCAUCACGCAGGUUCGAGAUCCUCACGUCUUGCGGGUCUCGUAGGAAUGUUUACGGGAUGCGGCGCUCUCGUCGCAUUGGCCAUCUUUCUUCCGCUGCCGACUCGAUUUUCUCGGAUAGACGGAGUCAGCCAGGCCGAAGCCAUUACGGAUAGUUUUUAUGUUGUGGGCACGAUCGCAAUAAUAGUGGCUGCCGCCUGUUUCUGUGGGCUGCGAGGUUUGGCAGGUGAAGGAGAAAAGGGACUACGUAUACUCUGGACCCGCGCGUCCGCACGAUAUGAAGCAAUUCCUAGCGAGGAUUGUGGAAUUGAUGAGACUCGCCGCAGUGAUGUCUUCCUUCCCUACUGGCGCCUUCUUUUAGAUUCAACCAUCCUAGGCUUCACAGAUUCCAAUAUUGGCCUCGCAUACGUCGGCGGAUUUGUAGCACGCGCUUCCUCGGUUGGAAUCUCUCUCUUCAUUCCCCUAUACGUCAACGCAUUCUUCACACAGCGCGGCCUCUGCCAUGUAUCUCCCCACGAUCCAUCGCCUGAAGUGAAGAAAAGCUGCCGAGAGGCAUAUGUCUUAGCUGCCGAACUAACGGGCGCCUCACAAUUAGUUGCACUCUUGGCGGCGCCAAUCUUCGGUAUCUUCUCAGAUCGAUAUCGACGCCUGAACUUACCUCUCCUUGUCACUAGUAUCAGUGGCAUAAUUGGCUAUACUGCGUUUGCUCGACUCGAAAGCCCAGAAAUUACCAAUGUAGAUGGCCGAGGCGGCAGUCCGUUAGUAUUUCUCAUUGUCUCGCUCAUGGGAUUCAGCCAGAUUGGCGCUAUCGUGUGUAGUCUGGGGCUUUUGGGCCGCGGUGUACUUGACGAUGGCGGUCACCAAGCCAGUCCCUGCCGCGUUUCCAUUAGCCGGGAGCAGGUGGAAGAAGACGAGUUACUCAACAUGCCAUCCCUCAGCACGACAACGACACAACCUAGGCGUGCUCGACAACACCUCAAGGGUUCAAUUGCAGGCAUUUACUCAUUAUCAGGAGGAGCAGCUAUUUUACUUCUUACCAAACUCGGGGGAUUUCUUUUUGAUAAUUCAUCGAUGGGCGCGCCCUUUUACAUGAUGGCGGCAUUUAACGGGAUAUUAUUUUUGACUGGGAUGGGAAACAACGCUGGUAGGGCGUAUCAUCGAAGGGGGAUGUGA